ACCCUGAGAACCACUGAAGCGUCUGAUCAAAGAGGAACUUCCUCUUUGGUUCUGUGCUCUUCAUUUAUCGAUUCAUGUCUUCUAUGUUUGUUGUGUUACCGGUUAACUCUUCUCACCAUUUUUCAGAUUAAAUAAUAUAAUCUAAGUGGAAAUUUAUACGAUGGCUAGAGGCGGAGUUCGUGGAGGACGCGGGAUGAACCGUGGAAUGGGUGGCAGGCUUCCUUUCAAGCCAAAGAUGUUUCUACCAAGGCACCCUUUCGAUUUAACUCUUUGUGAAUCAUCCUUUCCUAGGUGUAAACCAACUCCAGAUGAUAGCCAGUUCACACAGGCUCUACUCAAAAGAAACAGUGAUUUGUCACCAACAGCUGCCGAACAAACCGCUAUAUUGAAUCUGGUUACCAAAAUACAGACAGUCUUGGAUAAUUUGGUUGUUGCCCCAGGAAACUUCGAUGCAUGUCAAUUGGAGGAAGUUCGUCAAGUUGGUUCAUUCAAGAAAGGAACUAUGAUAGCAGGACAUAAUGUUGCAGACAUUGUUGUUAUAUUGAAAACAUUACCUACUCGUGAAGCAGUUGAGGCUCUUGGGAAUAAAGUACGAGAGGAGCUCAAGAAUCUUAUGAAAAGUGAAGUAGUUUCCAAAGGAGAACAAGUAUCUCAUAUCACCAAUGAAAGAGGAAUUGAAAUAAGCAAUAGUUUCGCACGUGUGAGGGUAAUGGUUACUACUCUUCAUCAUAAUAUACGUAAAUUAGAUCCAGAAAUUCAUUUGGACCAAAAAAUUAUGCUGAGCCACUUGGCUGCAAUAAGGCACAGUCGUUGGUUUGAAGAAAAUGCCCAUCAUUCUUCCAUCAAGGUACUCAUAAGGUUAUUGAGGGAUUUGAGAAAUCGCUUUGAUGGAUUUCAAGCUUUGACUCCAUGGAUGUUGGAUUUACUAGCUCAUUUUGCGAUUAUGCAUAAUCCUAGUAGACAAGCUCUGCCUCUAAAUGUUGCCUUCAAAAGAGUACUCCAGUUAUUAUCUGCUGGUUUAUUCUUACCUGGCUCAGCGGGUAUUACUGAUCCAUGUGAAGGCGUUAGUCUGAGGAUACAUACUGCUAUGACACUUGAACAGCAGGAUAUCGUAUGCUUGACUGCUCAAACACUCCUCAGAGUUCUUUCCCAUGGAGGUUAUAAAGUAAUAUUAGGAUUUGAAGAAAGAUCCACCGUUCCCAAGGAUCUUUCUGUUUGGGAUGGAGUAGUAGUUGCUCCCCUAGAUAAGGCUUAUGAAAAUCCCCCAGAGAAAAAAGAAGGUGAAGAUGAUGAUGAGGAAAUGGAUGCUGAAGGUGAAGAAACUAUGGAAACAUCUUAAAGUGCAUCAAUUUCAAAUAUCUGAAUUCUUUUAUAACGAUAAUUGAAAUUUAAGUGACCAAAAUUAGAUAUGGAUAUUGUGAAAAAAGAGGAAAGAUUGAACAAAAGCAUCUUUCAUUCAUUUACCUUUCCCAAAAAAAAAAUCGAGUUUAUUCAGCAAUCUUUUCUAUGAAAAAGUACCUUCUUGGAAAAUGGAAUGAUUCAAAAUAUCCUUAGCUUGCUUUGAUCACCAUAGAUGUUUACGUUGCUUUAUUUAAUUUUCGAUUCCUGAAUUGGUGAAUAUAGUAUAGUAAAAUAUAAUUUAUAUUGACUAAUGAUAACAUUUCUUUUUUAAUAAAUAUUAUCAUGAUA